AUGUCAAGGAUAGUAGGUAGAAGAUUAUAUUCUAGUGGGUCACAAUUGAUUAAAACACCAUUGUACGAUUGUCAUGUCGAAUUUGGUGGUAAAAUGGUCCCAUAUGCGGGAUUUGAAAUGCCUGUUUUAUACAAGGACCAAACUCACACUGAGUCACAUAACUGGGUUAGAAAUAACGUUGGGUUAUUCGAUGUGUCUCAUAUGUUACAACAUAGACUUAGUGGUCAAAACGUCGCUGAUUUCUUACAAAAAGUCACCCCUAUCAACUUAUCUGAAUUAGAAGUUAAUUCUUCAAGUUUGUCAGUGUUCUUGAAUGAACAAGGUGGUGUCAUCGAUGAUUGUAUUAUUACAAAGCAUGGUGAAAAUGAAUACUAUAUGGUUUCCAAUGCUGGUUGCCGUGAAAAAGAUAUUGCAUUCCUUAAAAAGGAGUUACAAAACUUCAGCGGUGUUAACCAUGACACUUUCGAAGGUACCUUGUUAGCCAUCCAAGGUCCAAAGGCUGCUGAAAUAUUACAAAAAUUCACCAAUGAAAGCUUGAAGGAUUUGACUUUCGGAAAAUCUAGAUUUUCUCAAUUAUCAUCCAUUAUCAACUCUCAGGUACAUAUUGCCAGAUGUGGUUACACCGGUGAAGAUGGGUUCGAAUUGUCGAUUCCAUCUAGCACCGCGCAAGAAACCAAGGAAUCACAAGAGUUCUUCAGAACAUUGAUCAACGAAUACCCUGAUAUCGUUAAACCAAUUGGUUUAGCUGCCAGAGAUUCCUUAAGAUUGGAAGCCGGUAUGUGUCUUUACGGUCACGAAUUGGACGAAUCUAAGACUCCAAUUGAAGCCACUUUAGCCUGGUUAAUUCCAAAGAGCCGCAGACAAGAUGACGCAACCUUCAAUGGUGCAAGCAACAUCUUAGCCCAGAUCAAGGACCGUUCAUUAUUUACACACAAGCGUGUUGGUAUCAGGACCAAGGGCCCAUCUCCAAGAGACGAUUGCAAAGUUUACACUGCUGACGGUAAAGACGAAGUUGGUUAUAUCACUUCCGGUGCCCCAUCCCCAACCUCAGGUGGAAAUGUCGCCCAAGGAUACAUCAAGAACGGCCUUAAGAUUGGCACCGAAGUUAAGGUAGAAAUCAGAGGUAAGUUAAGGGACGGUGUUAUCAGCAAGAUGCCUUUUGUCCCAAGUAAUUAUUAUAGAGGUUGA